AAUCAAAUUCAAUUUAGUCGCCUUACGCACUUACGCAAGCCCACCCUAUUAUGUUAUGUGAACGAUAUUGUUUUAAAUGAAUUAUUUUUAUGUUGUUUUUACAGUUCUGUGUAGCAUUUAUAAUGUAGGCGACUCAAAAACGAUAGGAGCAAUUUUUGACGAUGGCACUUUCUUGUUGGAAGCUGCUUUUAAUUUGGGCAUUUUGGACGCAUCCCAAAAUGAAGAGAAUCCAUUCGAAGCAAGUGUUAUUAAGACUUCCCCUGGAGAUUUGAUUGAGGCAGAAAACGGAAUAUGUUCACUUUUAGAAAACAAUGUUUUGGGUAUAUUUGGACCGACAAGCAAAGCUACAAUGAAACACGUCCAAGUUAUCGCCGAUUAUCUUGAAAUUCCACACAUAAUUACCGAGCCAAUGACAGCACAGAAUAGAAAUUGGUCUGCAGUCAAUUUAUACCCGAAUCACAUGGCCUAUUCACAGGUUUUCGCAGAUAUUAUAGCGAUGAAGGGUUGGACAGACUUCACUAUAAUUUAUGAAGGCGCUGAACUUUUGCCAUUCUUGGAUAACAUUCUCAAUAUGGAAGAUUUGGAUUCACAAGAACAUAUUGUAAUAAGCGUAGUUCAACUACCUGACGGAGACGAUUUCAGAUCUCAAUUGAAAACUAUUAAGGCAUCUGGUUCAGUCAACUAUUUAGUCUGUUGUAGCAGGGAUAAUUUGCCAUUGUUCCUGGAACAAGCACAACAAGUUGGUAUUAUGUCAGACGAACACAGUUACAUUAUUAUGGACCCUGACUUUCAUACAAUUGAUAUUGAUCCGUACAAACACGGUGGAUCGAAUAUAACAGGAAUCAGGUUUUUCGAUCCUGAAUUAGAUGAAAUAAAACAAUUUACAGCAGCUAUUAAUGAUAAAGUGAAGGAGUUAUCAGAAGGUCAAAUAGAAACGGCAAUAGAAGGUCAAACUUUGAAUUUAAAUUUGGCUUUAGUUUACGAUGCUGUUAUGUUAUACACUUCAGCUCUCAAAAUAAUGGGGUUAGAAGAAGGUGGGAAUGUUACUUGCGAUGCUAGUGAAACAUGGAGUUUUGGAUCCAGUAUAAUUAAUUUUAUAAGAACGAUGGAACAAGAUGGCUUAACAGGUGUUAUAAAAUUUGACGAAGAUGGUUUUCGUUCAGAGUUUGAAGUUGAUGUUCUUGAAGUUAUGGCUCAUGGCUUUGAAAAGAUUGGAACUUGGUCAAUGGAAGAUGGUUUUACAGAGAUGAGGAAAAUAGUACCAGCUGUGGAGCAGGAAGGAUCAGAGUAUAUGAAAGGCAAACACUUUAUUGUUCUAACAGCAUUGAGUGCUCCGUACGGUAUGCUCAAGGAAUCAUCAUUGAAAUUAGAAAGCAAUGACAGAUAUGAAGGUUUUGGUAUCGAAAUAAUUGAGGAAUUAGCGAAAAUGAAUGAAUUUAAUUACACAUUUGAAAUUCAAGAAGACGGCGUUUAUGGAUCCUAUGAGCCAAAAUUGAAAAAAUGGACUGGUAUGAUGGAGAAAAUAAUGGAUGGCAGGGCUGAUUUUGCAAUCACCGAUUUAACAAUAACAGCGGCACGCCAAAAAGUGGUAGAUUUUACCAGUCCCUUCAUGAAUUUAGGAAUAACUAUUUUGUAUAAAAAGCCAACUAAGCAACCUCCGGAUCUUUUCUCUUUCAUUUCACCGUUUUCGUAUCAGGUGUGGGGUUGGUUAGCUGGUGCAUACGUCGGAGUGUCAGUGCUGCUGUUUAUUUUGGGAAGAUUUGCUCCCGAAGAGUGGCAAAACCCAUAUCCGUGUAUUGCGGAGCCUGAAACUUUGGACAAUCAAUGGACAUUGGCUAAUUCAUUUUGGUUUACAUUGGGAAGUGUACUGACUCAGGGAUCUGAAAUUGCUCCUAUUGCUGUUUCUACUCGAAUGGCAGGCAGUAUGUGGUGGUUCUUUACAUUGAUUAUGGUAUCAUCAUACACGGCUAAUUUAGCUGCCUUCUUGACCGUAGAGUCAAAGUUUUAUGCUAUUAAGAGUGUGACAGAUUUAGCAAGUAAUCCAUAUGGUAUUACGUAUGGUGCUAAGCGGGGUGGAGCUACCUUUGGAUUUUUUAAGGAAUCCGAUAAUUUGCUGUAUCAAAAAAUGUAUGAAUAUAUGGAUUCUCAUCCAGAGUUAAUGACUCAAACUAACGACAUAGGGUUAGAACGUGUAAAGUCAAAUGAUGAAGACUAUGCCUUCUUAAUGGAAUCCACGUCAAUUGAAUAUAUGGUAGAAAGGAACUGUGAUGUAGCGCAGGUCGGUGGCCUAUUGGAUAGUAAAGGAUAUGGUAUAGCUAUGAAAAAAAAUUCGCCUUAUAGACAACCAAUGAGUGAAUCAAUUUUGCAAUUGCAAGAACAAGGCAAAAUAACGAGAAUGAAAGAUAAAUGGUGGAAGGAAAAACGAGGCGGUGGCGCUUGUGCUGAUGACGAUGCGGGUAGUGGAGACGCGCAGCCUCUCGUCCUGGCUAACGUGGGCGGCGUGUUCAUUGUCCUUGUAGCUGGCUCCGGACUUGCUGUAAUUUGCGCUUUCUUCGAAAUGACUGUUGAUGUCUGGAUGAUUGCGAGGAGGGAAAAGCUGUCAUUCAAGGAAGAGUUGAUGGCCGAACUGAGGUUCAUAUUCAGCUUCAGUGGCGAUGUCAAGCCAGUACGGCAUAGAGCAUCCACAUCUUCUGGCAGCGGUUCAAAAGGUUCUAAGAAAACUAAUAUCCUCAAUGAUGAAGAAGAGGAGCCUAAAGAAGAGGACGUUGACCCAGUUCCCACUCCUCGGUCGGAGAGAUCAAGCCACUCGCGACACACAUCGCAUAGUCGGAGACAAAGCAAUGUCAAACAAAUGAAUCAAUUUCGUAAAUUGAUUAAGGAGAAGUCUGUUAAUUGAAUAGCAAAUUAUUUGUGUAGUAUGAAUUAAAAAUUAGAAAAAUAAAA